AUGGCCCCUCCGACCCCAGCCCCUUACCUUUCCCAUCCGGGGAGGCCCCGCCUUUCGCGCUCCUUCCGCCAUGAUGGCCGCUCCCCCCGCAACCUCCGCCGUCCGCUCUUCCCCUCCGCCGACGCGUUUCUGCUCCUCCCCCUUGUCGCGCUCCUCCUCUCCCCCGCGCCGUUCUCCCCCGCGCCGUUCUCCCGCGCUCCAGCAUCAUCCUUCCGCGCGCCGUUCUCCCCCGCGCCACCAUUCUUCCGCGCGCCGUGGCUUUUCCCCGGAGGCGUGGCAUCCGCGCGCGCGGCGCCCAUGAGCGUGCUGGACGUGUUCCGCCCGUCGUGCCUGCUUCCGCCCGUGAGCGGACCCUCCGGUGGUACGUUCCGCACAUUAACGCCCCCCCCCCUCCCCCCAGGAUGGAGCAGGUGCAGCGAUGUGACUGUACGGGGGCCAGCCUACAGGGGUAGCAGGGACCCCCUGGGUUGCGGUCAAGAGCAGGAGGGAGGGAAUGUGACUGUGCCUCCCAACGCUCUUUCUCCCUUUCCCCUUUUUAAAAUCACGCCAGGAUGGAGUGAAUGGAGCGGGUGGAGUAGGUGGAGCGAUGUGACUGUAUGGGGGGCGGCUUUCAAGAGCAGCAGGGACCCCCCAGGGGUGCGGUCAAGGGCAGGAGGGAACGUGACUAUACCGUGUGGCAUGGCUGUCCUGCUGGACGUGGCUAAUGUGACCCUUGACACGCUACACGUGCACGGAUGGCUCAAGCUCCUAGACGAUAAGCCACGCCUGCCGCGCAUCGAGAUCCGCGCCAACUUCAUUAUAGUCACCGGGCGGCUGACGGUGGGGGAAAAGGACAAGCAGUUUGCCGCCCAGGCACUGUUCACGCUCACGCCCAACAGCGGGCGGCAGAGGAGAGAGUAUGGCUUCACGCUCUUCCCUCCGGCUGAACCCGCCUUUCCUAGGCCUCUGGGCCACAAGGUGUUUGCCGUGGUGAGUAGUGGUCGGAGAGGGCAGGUGAACUUGCCUUGCACCCUCUCCCAGGCCUGCCGUCCUUGCCAAUGUGGGUGCACUUUGCUAAGGACUCUCCAUUUUACCCCUUCCGACCCUGUCUUCCACCCUUCCCAUUCCCUCUCCCCCUUCUCUUCUCCUCCCCCACCAAGGUUGGAGGGCAGGUGGACUUACACGGUCUACCAGGCCCACCUUCCAUGCCAUUGGGAGUGUGGGUGCACUUCUAUAAAAGAGCCACCUCCUUUUCUUCUUCCUUCUCCCCCCUGUUUCUCGCAUUUACCUCUCUCCCCUUCCCCCAUCAAGGUGGGAGGGCAGGUGGACUUGCACGGCCUACCAGGCCCGCCGUCCAUGCCGGUGUGGGUGCGCUUGAAUAAGACGGCGAUCGCCGGCCAGACGGAGAUCGUGGUGGACGCUGACGUCAGCACGUGGCCGGUGGGCGGCGAGAUUGCGAUUGCGUCUACGAGUGCUAAGAUGGAUGAGGCCGAAAAGGCAGUGAUUGCAGGAGGUGAGUAUGAGUGGAGUGCGAUUCCAUUCGGAUUGGAGCAGUUUGAUGCGGGGUACCGCAUAUCGCUCACAGCCCCUUUAAAGUACUCCCAUGACGGCAAUCCCAAGGCCGUGUCGGAUGGGCUUGGAGGGGCGGUGGACUUGAGGGGGGAGGUGGGGCUGCUGCACCGGAACAUCGUGAUCUACGGGGUGCAUGAGACGGGGAAAUACGAGCUGGAAGGAGGUCACUUCAUGGUGUUCAUGACACAGACCCCUCAAUUCAUAGAGGGGGUGCAGUUCGCGUACAUGGGGCAGCAGGGCGUGCUGGGGCGAUACCCGCUGCACUUCCACGUGUGUGGGGAGGCGAAUCAGAGCCACGUCGUGCGCAAGAAUGCAAUUGUGUACAGCAAGCAGCGCUGUGUAGUCAUCCAUGCAACGAGCAACAUGACGAUCGAAGACACGGUGACGUUCGAGAGCAAGGGGCACUGCUUUCUCGUGGAGGAAGGGUCGGAGAACAACAACGUGUUUAAGAGGAACCUGGGAAUCAGCGUGCGGAAAGUGAAGGUGGUCAUCCCCUCUAAAGAGUCGUACGAUAAGCACACGGACGACAAGCCGAGCACGUUCUGGAUGGCCAACCCCAACAACGACUACAUUGAUAACGCGGCUGCUGGGUCGGAGGACUCGGGGUACUGGACGGAGCUUAAAGAGGGGAUGCGCGGUCUAUCCCAGCUCUUACCCAACGCUCGCAACAUGCACCCGAUAGAAACCAAGUUCGGCACUUACUCGGGGAAUGUGGCGCAUUCAGCCAAGUUUGGGUUCCGCUCCUACCCCCAUGGCAUGUUCCCCUACGCUCCUGGUGCCAGGGUGACGCUGUCAAAUUUCAUCAUCUAUCGGAACGAAGUUGGCAUGUUUCUGCACAUCACUCGUCUCAUGACCAUCCAAUCGUCCACAUUCAUUGACAACGGCCUAGCCAUCCACGUCAAGACGGACACAGGGGUCAUUGUGGAUCAGUGCUGGUUCAUUGGUCGCACCCAGAGCUGCCCUGCUGCAGUAAGGUAA